CACUUAAAGGUAGUAAAAAAGUAUGCCUCGGCGGAAAAGUGCAAAUAGUUUGAGAAAUAUUUGUCUCGAUAAUAUCUGUGCUAAUAUAGAUAGCUACUGGUUAGCUGAUUAUAUUAAAAAAUAUGAAUUCAACAGAUACAUAUAUGUUCUUGGACCAUUUGAUGAUGUUCCUGGACAAGUAAUUGAAGCUUUAAUCAUCAAAUUGAAAGAAAGUUGGUGUCUAAAGAAACAUCAUCUUGAGAUUUUAUUAAAUUCCCUUGUACGGAAUCUGGAUUUAAGUGGAUGGAAAGGAGAUGUAGGAAAUGUAUUAUUGUCUGCAGGAAAGAAAUGUUUAAAUAUCUUUAAUUUAAACUUAAAUGGAUGUCUCAAUAUUCAGAAAUCUGCACUUCUUCAAAUCCCAAACAGCUUUCCACACUUGAUUAUCUUAAACCUACAGAACACCAACACCAGUAAUACAAUGUUAGGAUGUAUUGGAGAACACUGUCCAAACCUUAGAGAACUGGACAUCACUAAUUGUCCUGUAUCUGACAUUGGACUGACCAGCAUGUGCCUGACUAUGAGCGAUCUAGAGAAGAGAUCACCUCGACAGCUGAGACUAACCAAGAUACAUGUUCUUGGAACAAAUAUUACAACAGCAGGUGUUUCAUGUUUGCUUCACUACAUACCAGCUCUUGAUCUUCUAAACUUUUCCAACACAUUUGGUUCAGUAGCAGAAUUACAUGAACAAAGACAAAGUCUUAACUUAACUCUACCAGAUGCAUUUAAACUCACUGCCCUCUCAGUUGAAUACCCCUUUGAGGAGUUUCUUCAAACAGAUGUCCUACACAUUGCUAUUCAGAUGUGUCCUUUUGUCACAAAAGUAACCAUUGUUCAUGUGGAGCUUGAGAACAGUGCUUUACCUCUGAUUGGCCAGUUUCAAAACCUCAGGGAGUUACUUUUAGUAGGGUCUGAUUCUGGUACAUCUGUUCUUGAAGAAGAACUGGAGUCAUUUUUACAAGUAAAGGGCUUUCAGUUAACAUUUUUGGAAUUGGGUGAAGUACCAGUGAUUGACUUGGCUUUAAUAGGCAGUCUUUGUUGUAAUUUAAAAGCUUUUAAAUUAUUUAUGGUGAAAGAAAUUAAAUGUUCUGCAUCAAACCAUGAAAUUUCAAUCUUCAGUAACCCUCGUCCCUUAUGUCACUUAAAGACUCUUGAUUUAGUAUUGGAAGAAAAUGGUGACGUGCCUCUUGUUGGAUGGCCUGUUUUGCUAUAUUCUUGUUUAGAACUUGAAGACUUGAAAGUGUCCUUUAGUCAAAGUCUUACAGAUGAAAUUUUAGCAAUUGUAAUGGAGUAUAAUCCAUUGAAAAGUUUGACACAUGUACAUUUUGAUCACUGUGUCUCUAUCACUGGGGAAACUCUGGGAAGACUUCUUAAAGUAGAGAGCAAACUUCAAGAUCUAAAAUCCUAUUGGAGCACAAAUGUCACUAGGAUAGACUUUGAAUGGUGUCAGAGAUAUGUGCAAGAAAAUAAUUUAGAUGUUAAAGUGGAAUGGAUGUAGUUAUUAAAGAAUAUAUGUGUAUAUCCCAUCCACCUCCAAAUGUUAUUUAAACUGUUUAGUUUCCCUAUAAAGUAGUAAAUAAACUUUCCAAAUUUGUUUUUGUUAAAAUAUGUUAAAUACACAAUUUAGCUCGCAAUUUGUUUGUCUUUUCAAUCAACCAUCAAUGUUCCACUAUCUGAUGUGGAGUAAGAGCCAAAACUAGAAAUAUGCUAAAGAAGUGACAAUUAAAAAAAAACUUUAACAUGAAAAGAAAAUACUUUCAGUAUGUUGGAAUAUUCUAAAAUUAAAAGUAAAACAUAAAUUAUACUUGUUUUUACUUAUUUUUACUUUUAUUUGGAUUAUAAAUAUUAUUGUAGUCACAACUGCUUUCCUAUUGCUACUUCAAUGUUAUGUGCCAGUUAAAUAAUGAAAUCAGAACUAUAAUCUUUGUAAUAACAACAAUAUGCUAUUCAUGUAAUCCAACAUCAAUAGUGUGCUUUAAGUUUUGAGGGAUUAUAACAAAGAAGACUAACAGAAUGUUAAUUAAACAAGAAGAAAAGAAAGUUAAGGAAUAGUAUUAACUAAGGUAAAGUCAAAACUAAGUAUCUAUAAAAUUAUUUUAUUUUAAUAUCAGAAGAGUCAAUCUGAUGACCUUUUAUCAGUAGUGUCAGCAGUGUUACGUCAGUCCAUAUCAUCUGGUAUUAAAAUAAAGUGUGUCAUUGAAUUGAUUUUUUUACAUGUGAAAAUAUGUACCAUGAGGCUUUUAGCAAUGUAACAACAUCUAGUAUUCCUUAGUUUGUUUUAGAAAAUGGCUUUAUUACAUCUUGUAAGUUAACUGUAGAUAACAAAAGAAUGAAUGGUGUAAUACAUAUAUAUAUAUAUAUAUAUAUAUGUAUGGAUUCUUUUAGAUUUUUAUUUAAGAAAAAGAUCAACCUUCACAAGCUGCCUGUGCUUUUGUUUUCAUAAUUUACUUGCAGAUUGAAAUUCCUGUGAGUAUUAAUUCAGGGAUUUGAGAUCUGUUAGAUUUUCUAAGUCAAGUAAGAGAAGAUUGUACAUACACAUUUUCAUAUUUAAGAUGGAAUUGAAAAAGUGACUAAGUUGUUCAAGGUUGUGUUAGGAAAUUUUUGAAAGCUAAUGUGAAAAAUGUAAGUUAAACAAAUACUUUUGUAUAUACAUAAGUGAAAUAAAUGUGGUUAACAUUUGUA